AUGCUUGUUAAGCUUGAUUCUUCAACCACGGUAGCUAGUCCUUCCAUGCUGCUUCGAAUCGUCAGCCAAAACAUCCGGUACGCCACAAAUCAUCCCACUCCAAAAGAAAAGCUGUGGAACGUUCGCGGUCCGAAACUCUGUAGCCAGCUGGACUUUAUCACAUCUGGCCAUUCAGCUUUCAUAUGUCUUCAAGAAGUCCUAUAUUCGCAACUCGAAGACAUCCGGUCCUAUCUCGGUCCUGAAUGGGGUUACAUUGGUGUCGGUCGCGACGAUGGAAAGCGAAGUGGCGAAUUUUCCCCCGUGUUUUUCCAGAUUGACCGUUGGGAGUGCGAGCGAAAUCAGACAUUAUGGCUGAGCAAUACCCCACAAAAACCAUCUAGGGGAUGGGACGCAGCACUAAACCGCGUCGUUACUGUGGGAGAGUUUGUCGACAAGCAAACCGGCACGAGAGUGAUUGUCAUGAGCACACACUUUGAUCACAAAGGAGUCGUGGCGCGAGAGGAAAGCGCCAAACUGAUUCUCAACGUUGCUCGAGAGUGGAGCAAGGGCGCGAACGGCAAACCUCCUACCACCGUUUUGCUCGCGGGCGAUUUCAACAGUACGCCCGCGGACAACGCAUACAAAACAAUGGUGGCACCCGAGUCAGGCAUGGUCGAUGUUUCAGCGCAGGUCCCCGAAGAAAAGAGGUAUGGAAACGAGCUGACCUAUACGUCCUUUGAUGAGCCGAACGAAGAGCCACAAAGGAUCGACUUUCUGUUCGUCAAGAACCCGAGCCCCGUCACUAUCAGGACCUUUGGGGUGUUAUCCAACAAAUUCGACGACGAUGUCUUCCUGUCCGACCAUAGGCCGGUCGUCGCCGACGUGGAGAUUCCUGUCUUACGGGCAGUGAGGACCGAUUGA